AUGAAUCCAUCUUCAUACUCAACUGUAGGAGAUCCUGCAGACGAAAGUAACUUCCCCAAUGCUUGUUACAUCAUGACUCCGAUUUUUACAGAGGAUGCAAAUGUCAAAACGUUCGCGUUACAAGAUUCCACAUUUGGGGAGGCUGAAAGUUCUUUCGCUGAUAUUCUUGAUGAAAAAUAUCCAGUUUCAACAACUCUUCCAUUUCCUAUCUGUUCCGAUCUCGACUGCAUCACUGCUGCUAACAACUUGGUCCAAUCCGACUUUAUUUGUGAUCUUGCCAGGUUCGAAUUUAGCAGCAUGCUAUCUCCACAAGUUGAACAUGCCUUUCAGGACUACCCACAGCCUGUUUCACAAUCAUUCUUCCCUGAUAGCAGCUUUGGUGAGGCGGUUGAUGUGCCGGUAAUUUAUCCAGUAAAUAAAUCAUUAGUUCCGGAUUUGGUUAAUCGGGAUUUGUGUUGUGAGAGCCUAUCUGAUGCCCAAUUCUUAGAGGGUGGGGUAAAGGAAACUCAGAAAUUGAUUGCAUAUGGUGAUCAUAUGAGUGCUGAGGAAGAAUCUCCGGUGGCAACUGAGAGGGAGACAAGUGAGGAGAUGGAUCACUUAUUUUGUGAAACAAGGAAGGUUGAAACUCGUCUCCAAAUUUGUGGUGCGGGAGAAAUUGGUCGUGAACAUGGGAGAGUUGUUUGUCCUGAACAGUUUGAGCAACCUGACAUGUUUAAAAAUGAUGUUUCUGCUGCUGCAGCUGCUGAUAUAGCCUGGCGAAAUGAAGCAAGAAGGAUAAUGAAUGCCUGUGGAGAACCAAAAAGAAACAGUGCUGGAACAAAAAAAAGGAGAAGAAGUGUUAAUAAAAGAAAUCUGGUCGAUUUGAGAACUCUAUUGAUUCAGUGUGCUGAAGCUGUAGGAAGCAAUGAUUUCAGGAAUGCAAAUGAUUUCCUGAUGCAGAUUAGGAAUCACUCUUCCCCUUUUGGCAAUGCAUCACAAAGAAAAGCUCAUCACUUUGCCAAAGCCCUUGAAGCACGUUUGGCUGGCACCGGAAGUGAGGAAUAUGCAGCUCUUGUAUCUAAACGAAUUCCCAGUGCUAGUAUUGAAGCCUGCAAAUUGCUAAUUUCAGCUUGUCCUUUCAUGAAGGUAUCGAAUUUCUUCACAACCGAGAUGAUUAUGAAAUUAGCUAAAAAACCAACUAGGAUCCACAUCAUUCAUUUUGGCGUUCCCUACGGUUUGGAAUGGUCAUCCCUUAUCCAGCGUCUGUCAACAAGGCCUGGUAACCCUCCUAGGCUUCGCAUCACAGGGAUAGACCUUCCUCAACCAGGAGUGGAGUCAGCAGGAAGAGUUGAGGAAAUCGGACAUUUCUUGGCAAAUUGCUGUAAGCAAUUCAAUAUCCCGUUUGAGUACAAUGGCAUAACACAGAAAUGGGAGAGUAUCCAAUUGGAGGACUUAAAGAUUGCCAAAGAUGAGGUGGUUGUGGUUAACUGCUUAUACAGGUUGAGGCAUCUAGUGGAUGAGAUGGCCGAUUUGAGCAGUCCAAGAGACACUGUUCUGAACUUGGUUAGGAAAAUUAAUCCUAACAUUUUCAUUCAUGGGAUUGUUAAUGGGGCCUAUAACGCCCCCUUCUUUGUUUCACGUUUCCGAGAGGCACUCUACUACUUCUCUACAAUGUUUGACAUGCUUGAAGAGAUAGCACCCUCUGGAGAUCAGGAGAGAAUGGUUUUGGAGAAAAAUAUUUAUGGAAAGGAAAUCUUGAAUGUGGUUGCAUGCGAAGGUUCUGAAAGGAUCGAGAGGCCGGAGACAUACAAGCAGUGGCAGGUUCGUAAUCUGAGAGCGGGGUUGAGGCAGCUUCCCUUGAAGCAGGAGAUACUGAACAGUGCAAAGGCGCAUGUGAAGUUGCACUACCACAAGGACUUUUUGGUGGAUGAAGACAAGAAUUGGAUGCUACAGGGAUGGAAGGGCCGAAUUCUCUACGCUCUUUCCUUUUGGAGGCCCUCCAAGGAGCCUUAA